AUGGGGGGAAAGCAGCGUGGCGGCAAGGGGACAGCGGGCGGAGGGGAAUCAGCUGCGGCGGGGACGACGCGGAUGGUGGACGGUGCCGGGGAGAAGGGGCGCGCGGGGGGAGGCGCAGGGGAGAAUGGUCGUGGCGGGGAAGGAGUGGGGAGAACGGGGCGGGCGGCGGAGGUGGCGGAGGUGGCGGUAUCGCUGGGGGUGACGGGUCACGCGGGGCACCUCGAGAUCAUCGCCGUGGACCGCCACAGCUUCCCCCUCCACCCCCGCCUUGCCCCCCCGCCCUUCCUGCUCGUGCGCUCCUCCCCCUUCCGCUCCCCCUUUGUCCCCCCUUCCACCCACCCCACCUGGCCCCCCAGCGCUGCACGCAUGUCCGCCUCUCCCCCUUUCGCUUCCCCACGGCUCCCCCCACUGCUCUCGUGCCGUCGUGCCGCCUUGCUCUCUUGCUGUGCAGCGUCCCUUACUUGCGUCACCUCCCGCCUAUACCACACCUCUCUCCACGCCAUACCCCUCCACUCGGCCCUAUCCUGUCAACAUUCACAACCAGUCGUUCCAUUUCCCAGACACCCCAAGCCUCCCUUCCCCAAGCCUCUGGACGUUCGGGAGCUACCGGAGCUGUGCCCUCUGGCUGUGUGGGAUGACGUGGAGCGCCAGCUGGCGGUGGAGCCGCAGGAAGACGCCAUGUGGCAGUACGACUGGAUGCCACGUGGCGCCCUGUCAGCCGUGACACCUGGCGGGCUGGGCAGCGUGCUGCAGCCAGCGUGGCACCCUCCCUGGGUGGAGGAAUGGGGAGAUGGGGUGUGGGGGGAGGUUGAGGGGGAGGGGAAGGGGAUAGAGGAAGGGGAGGGCGUGGGUGAGGAGGAGGGAGGGGCGUUGAGGCGACCAGAGCUGGUGGACGAGCUGUUCUUCCCCCCGGGCACGUAUCUUGAUCUCACCCGCCCGCCCCCCUCCGCCCUAGAGCUCGUCCGUGGCACCACUGCUGGCGCCGCCCACCCCCUCGCCCUCUCCUCCCACCCACCUCCACACACUGCUGUUGCUGGGGGUGCAGCGGAGUUGCAGCAUGGGGAGGGGCAGCAGGCGGGUGGGGGGAGAGGGGAGUCGGAUGAAGCGCUAGCGGCGCUGUUUGCGUACUUGGAGAGAGGGGCGGAAGGGGGUGGGGGAGGGGGAGCAGCGCAAGGAGAGAAGAGGGGCGUUGGGGACUCGUUGCUACUGCUGAGUGUGCCGCCCGGGUUCACUGAGGGCGGACGAUUCGAGGCCAGGGAGGAGAGGGACAUGCUGCCGCUCUCGCUGCUGCGCGCGCUGGCCACCCCCCCAAAGGAGGUCUCAGAGGUGCCUCCUGAGGAGGCGCAGGUUGCGGGCACUGGAGGGGCAGCAGGGAGCGGCGCUGCUGGUGUGGAGGGGGGAGAAGGGGGAGAGGGAGAGGCUGAAGGGGAGGCUGGGGGUGGGCAGGGGGGAGGAGAGGGGGAGAGCGGGAAGCUUGGGUUUGCAGAUGUGUUUCAAACGGCGUGGGGUGCUGGGGGGGAUGAAGAGGAGGAAGAGGAGGAGGACGAGGAGGAGGAUGGAGAGGAGGAGGAGGGAGAGAAAGAGGGAGAAGGGGAGGAAGGGAAGGGGGUGGUGGGAGGAGGAAUGGGCGCCGGAGAAAUGGUUUCCUCUGCAGCCACCGCACGGCCGUCACCACAGGGCAAGCGCGGUGAGAGGAAGAGCGGGGCGGCAGCAGCAGUGGAUGCGCUGCUGGGGGCGGGCAGGGGGGCGUUUGGCAGCCUCGAGUGGUGGACUGCUGGCUCGGGCCUGGGGCUGCUGGGGGCUGCGCCGUCUGCUUCCCGCCCUGCUGCUUCCAAGGAAGGCCAUGCAUGGGCAUGGGCAGUGACAGACGGCAUACCGGAUCUGGACCGUGAGUUGGCCACCAUCGAGCCCACUUCUGAGGCGCCUCAGAUCAGAAGUCGAGCCCGACAGAAACACACAGUGCACCGUCUCUCCUCCUCUUUUCCUCCCCCCUCUCUCUCCCCCCGCUCCCCCCAGGGCCAUGCAUGGGCGUGGGCAGUGACAGACGGCAUACCGGAUCUGGACCGAGAGUUCGCCACCAUCGAGCCCGACAUGGCCAUGACCUUCCCUUUCCAGCUCGACACCUUCCAGAAAGAGCCCCACAUGGCCAUGACCACUCUCUGUCUCCUCUUCUCUUUUCGUGCUCCGUGCCUCUUGUGCCCACCCAUGCACCACCCAUGCACCGCCCAUGCACCGCCCAUGCACCGCCCAUGCACCGCCCAUGCACCACCCAUGCACCGCCCAUGCACCGCCCAUGCACUGCCCAUGCACCGCCCAUGCACCGCCCAUGCACCGCCCAUGCACCGCCCAUGCACCGCCCAUGCACCGCCCAUACCCCGGCAGGCCAUAAUCCAUUUGGAGCGCCACGAGUCGGUGUUUGUGGCGGCGCACACCUCAGCGGGCAAGACAGUCGUGGCCGAAUACGCCUUCGCCCUCGCUGCCAAGUGCACCAUGCUCCCCAUGCCCGAGUGCACCAUGCUCCCCAUGCCCGAGUGCACCAUGCUCCCCAUGCCCGAGUGCACCAUGCUCCCCAUGCCCGAGUGCACCAUGCUCCCCAUGCCCGAGUGCACCAUGCUCCCCAUGCCCGAGUGCACCAUGCUCCCCAUGCCCGAGUGCACCAUGCUCCCCAUGCCCGAGUGCACCAUGCUCCCCAUGCCCGAGUGCACCAUGCUCCCCAUGCCCGAGUGCACCAUGCUCCCCAUGCCCGAGUGCACCAUGCUCCCCAUGCCCGAGUGCACCAUGCUCCCCAUGCCCGAGUGCACCAUGCUCCCCAUGCCCGAGUGCACCAUGCUCCCCAUGCCCGAGUGCACCAUGCUCCCCAUGCCCGAGUGCACCAUGCUCCCCAUGCCCGAGUGCACCAUGCUCCCCAUGCCCGAGUGCACCAUGCUCCCCAUGCCCGAGUGCACCAUGCUCCCCAUGCCCGAGUGCACCAUGCUCCCCAUGCCCGAGUGCACCAUGCUCCCCAUGCCCGAGUGCACCAUGCUCCCCAUGCCCGAGUGCACCAUGCUCCCCAUGCCCGAGUGCACCAUGCUCCCCAUGCCCGAGUGCACCAUGCUCCCCAUGCCCGAGUGCACCAUGCUCCCCAUGCCCGAGUGCACCAUGCUCCCCAUGCCCGAGUGCACCAUGCUCCCCAUGCCCGAGUGCACCAUGCUCCCCAUGCCCGAGUGCACCAUGCUCCCCAUGCCCGAGUGCACCAUGCUCCCCAUGCCCGAGUGCACCAUGCUCCCCAUGCCCAAGUGCACCAUGCUCCCCAUGCCCAAGUGCACCAUGCUCCCCAUGGCUUAA